AUAUGCUACCCCGACCCAUCAGAGAUUUGGUAUUACUCACAUAGGGCAUACAGAGGCCUAUUAGAAUUACCGGGGACAAUCCUUCAUCCACUGAUUGAUUUCAUAGUGGAAGCAAGGGGGCUAGGUCAACGAGAGCUCAGUAGUUGGAGGUUUGAAGGUCUGAAGUGUUCUGAUAACGCGUUUUGGCUGAGCUUGGCCGAUUGUGAAGAGGAGCGAGAACGCGAAUUCAAACGUCUUCUGAAAGCCAAACUUAACUGGGUCCGAAUAUCGAAAUCGUGCAUAGCAAAAGCACUAGAGGAUGUUCGUGGCUAUUGCAUGUGUGAAGGACGCUUGGUCCCUGCAGUGAAUGGUGAUGAGGAUGGUCUGCGAUGGGCUGAUAAGAAAGCAAUGACACCUGAAGCGUGGAGACAACUGACACUGAGGGAGGCGGUGCCCUAGACGGAAGCGGUGCACGCUGAAAAGUUGCUCCCCUUUAGCCUUUUCCCAUACAAAAUUUCUUGACAUAUUGUUAUCGAUCAAUAAUCUUUGUGAAUAUUUUUUCUUAUAAGAAAGUACCUCAAACAAUGAUAAUCUUCUCCUAAUUUUGAACUGCUCGCUCAUGCCUGACUUGAGCACCUGUCUCAAUUCUUCAUUGAAAGUUGUUACCUUGCCUUAUAUCGCCUGCUUUAUUGACUGUCCAGAGG